AUGGCCAAGCAGCUCAACGUGUACAUGCAGAGUAGUUCUGAGACCGACACACCCAGUCCUAGUCCUUCUUCUACCCUAAUCCAGUCUCCUACAUCACCACCACCAUCAUGGUCGUGGUCGUCCUCAUGGCCAUCGCCCCAAGAUUCUCAUCCUCUGUAUCCUUGCGCCAUGGAAAAUAGGAUAGCGGCGAUCAUGGAUGACGUACAGCUUAUUGUGGACAAUAAUGGACAAGAAGCGCUGAGUAGUUUGGCAAAUGACACUACACCUCGUUCUCCUCAAAAUAUCACACUCAAUCUUAUUGAUUCUCCUACGCUCAGGUCUCUUUAUACCCCUCCUCCCCUACCACAAUACACACUAGCCUCAAUCCAAAAAGAGAUUGAGAUGACCACACUUACACUUGGGCUCCGCUCUCAGCCGCCGCAAGAUUCUCAUCCUCUGUAUCCUUGGGCCAUGGCGCAACCCUGCAAGGUGCGCAGAUUUGGCUACCUGUUGCAAAAUAGGAUAACGGCGAUCAGGGGUGACAUACGGUGCAAGAAUUGUAAGCAAGAAUUCGAGAUGGAGUUGGAUUUGACGAAGGAGUUCUUGGAGGUGGGGACCUUCGUCGAGAGGACCAAGGAGGAUAUGAGAGAGAGAGCCCCGCUCUCUUGGUUAAAGCCCGAACUCCCCAUUUGCCCAUCGUGUCACCAAGACUACUGUGAGCCAGUAGUCAUUGAUUCUCAGAGCGAUGGUUACAAUAUCAACUGGCUCUUCUUGCUGUUGGCUCAACUCUUGGGGUGCUGCACUCUUCAACAACUCAAGUUGUUCUGCAAGACAAAUGAGAUUCAUCGAACUGGGGCUAAGGAUCGACUCUUAUAUCUGACUUACUUGAAUCUCUGCAAGCAACUUCACCCCAAGGGGCCUUUUGAUCGUUGA